AUGCCAAGCCUCGAAGCAGACGAGAGCGCCUUCCUUCAGGCCGUAGGAAAGCAAACAUUCACCAGCCCACCCCACGUCCUCAUCAUCGGUGCAGGAAGUCGCGGCACAGCCUACGCCGAAGCCGCACUUUCCUCUACAAACUCCAUCAUCGCAGCGGUAUGCGAACCCAAUGACUACAAGCGCGCCGAAUUCGGUCGUAAGUUCAUCUGGGGCGACGGGAAAGAACCCAAGGAACACCAAGCCUUUCGAGACUGGAAAGACUGGAAAUAUCACGAGUUGAAGAGGAUGUCUGACGAAUGCCGUUCCGGGCGUGAAGUUGAGAAGCGCAUCGACGCUGUUUUCGUCUGUGUCCUGGAUGAGAUGCACGAAGAAGUCGUCUGUGGUCUUGCGGAUAUGGGAGUACACAUAUCGUGCGAGAAACCGAUGAGUACAAGGCUAGACAGCUGCAUGAAGAUGUAUAGGGCACUCAAGGUCGCAGAGGGCAGGGAUAAGAUCCAGAAGAAGAUUUUCGGUAUUUGUCAUGUGCUGAGAUACUCGCCGCACAACAUGUUAUUGCGACACUUGGUACUGGAGAAGGAUGUUAUUGGUGAUGUGCUGAGUAUUGAGCAUGUCGAGCCUGUUGGUUGGUGGCAUUUCUCACACAGCUAUGUGAGAGGAAAUUGGAGGAAAGAGUCGAAGACUGCGCCAUCUCUUCUUACAAAGUCCUGUCACGACAUCGACUUCCUCAUGUGGAUGCUCUGCUCGCCUGGCCCGAAUGCCGAGAAUGCGACUCCUCACCUUCCCUCAUAUAUCACAUCUACGGGGUCUCGCACAUUCUUCCGUAAAGAGCGCAAGCCGAAAGCAGCAGGCUCAGCCACGAACUGCCUAUCCUGCGCAUACGAGCCACAGUGUGACUACAGCGCGAAGAAGAUCUAUCUCGAGAGACACCUGAACAACGGCAACGCAGAUUGGCCAGUCAAGAUUGUGAACCCUGAAAUCGAAGACAUCUACAAGACUUCCGGUAAAGAGGCAGCUGGGAAGCAGCUUCUCAAAGACCUGACUGAAGACUAUAGCAGUGAGACACCAAUCGGUGAAGUUGAACAACGCCCGUGGUUUGGUCGAUGCGUAUGGGAGUCGGACAACGACGUAUGUGAUGACCAGAUGGUCACGAUCACCUGGGAUGAUGAUCCAGUCGCAAACGACGAUGACGGCCUACCUAUACUGCAUGGUCGUGGCGCAAAGACCGCGCAAUUCCAUAUGGUUGCCUUUACAGAGAAGCAGUGCGAACGGCGAGGUCGCAUCUACGGCACGAAGGGUGAGAUCGAGUACGACAGCACCAGCAUCAAAGUACACAAUUUCUCCACUGGGCAAACCAAAACUCACAGCCCUCAUCUGGCAGGCGGUGGUCACGGGGGCGGAGACGAGGGGCUUGCGCGACAAUUUCUGAUGGCGGUUAACGCUGUCGACUCUGGCGCCAUGCCCGCGUCAGACGCUCAGCGGAACUUUCUCGGAUGCGACCUUGAGGAAGCGUUCCGGAGCCAUGCCAUGGUCUUCGCGGCCGAAGACGCUCGAACGAAGCGCCAGGUGGUCGAUUGGAAGAAGUGGUGGACCGAGUCGGUGGAGUCGCAAUUACACGAGCGGUAA